AUGGUGGCGGAGAACCGGCGCAAGUUCGGUCACCAAGAGUUUCGUGCUGGGCAGCAAAAAAUUAUCAAGAAUGCAAUUCAAGGCUGUGACAUUUUCGUUUUGAUGCCAACCGGGGGCGGCAAGUCGCUGUGCUACCAAUUGCCCGCUUGGUGCUGCCCGGGUUUGGCGGUUGUGAUCUCACCUCUUCUGUCUUUAAUUCAGGACCAAGUGCAGGCCCUGACGCAACUUGGUAUCGAGGCUGUCUUUCUUGCUUCAACGCAAGACUACCAAACCGAACAAAUGGACAUUACACGUCGACUUAACGAGACCACAGCGCACGGAGGAGUCAAACUAUUGUAUAUUACCCCUGAAAAGCUCAACAACUCAACCAUGAUUCAAAAUAUAAUCCGGAGACUCUGCAAUAAAAAUUUGAUCAGUCGAUUUGUUGUGGACGAAGCUCACUGUUUAAGCGAUUGGGGACAUGACUUUCGACCGGACUACAUGCGCCUAGACUCAGUUCGGAGGGAAUAUCCCAAUGUACCGCUUAUGGCUUUGACUGCCACAGCAAACGAAAAGGUUGUAAACGACGCAAUUCGCGCGCUCGGAAUGAAAAAUGAAUAUCGUUACCAAUCCUCGUUUAACCGUUCCAAUCUUCACUACGAAGUUCGUAAAAAGGAUGGACAGACGCUUGAAGUAAUUGCAGACUACAUUGCAAGCCGUCCUAAGGAAUCUGGCGUUGUGUAUUGCUUAAGCCGCAAGGACUGCGAAAAAACAUCGCAAAAGCUGCAAGAAAUAGCUCGGCAACGACCAGGCUGUAACCGUAUUCGAAUAUCCUUCUACCACGCUGACCUUGAUCCGCAUGAGAGAGAACAGCGCCAUCGAGAAUGGAGCAACGGAGGUGUCAGCGUCUUGUGCGCAACUGUUGCUUUCGGAAUGGGGAUUGACAAGCCCGAUGUGCGCUAUGUGAUCCACUAUUCUAUGCCCAAGUCCAUUACUCACUACUACCAAGAAAGCGGCCGCGCAGGACGUGACGGGGACGAUGCCGAUUGUAUUUUAUACUAUCAUUACAAAGACAAGAAAAUUCUCGAGAAUUUAAUUACAAAAAGCUCAAAAAAUCCUCACAGUCAGACAACUCGACGUCAAAUUGAUCAGUUGUACGGCUGUGUUCAGUAUUGUGAAGAUUUGUUUCGUUGUCGUCGAACCAUGCAACUUGAAUUCUUCGGGGAGCACUUUGAACGAGGAAAGUGUAACAAAACUUGUGACAAUUGUAAAGCUGGUCGAACACCGGACCGUCGCGACCUUACGGAAGACGCCAAGACUAUCAUAAAUCUUCACACAGAUGUCUCGAAGCAGAAGAGAAAUGGUACGACGCUGCAUCAGAUCACAGAACUCUUCCGCGGUUCCAAAAGCCAGGCGGCUGUCAAGUUCAUCGAUGUUAAAAAGCUACCGGGUUAUGGUGCCGGUAGAAACUACAAGAAGUUUGAAAUCGAUAAAAUUGUCCAUGCUCUCAUCUUUGAACGGACUCUUGUUGAA